GUGUGGGGCUUGGUUCUUUUCCGGUGGGCCGUAAAUUCAACCAGUGUGUUUAUCAGUUUAUGCCGUUUACGGUCAUAUAGAAGGGAUGUUUGACUGCGCAGCUGGAGCUACCGAGACUUUUUUGCCUAAACCCGAGCCCAUGGACGUAAACGCCCUCAAGCUCUUAUCAGAAACUCUAGAAUCGAUAUUUGAGACCUCUUCUUUUCCGGACUUUGACUUCUUCGCUGACGCAAAGCUGGUGGCAGUAGGCGGGAAGGAAAUUCCAGUGCACAGGUGUAUACUAUCUGCAAGAAGUCCGUUCUUUAGGAAUAUGUUUUGUGGGAAAGAUAAAAGUGUGAGAUUGGUUUUGAAAGAGUUGAUGAAGGAGUAUGAGGUGAGCUAUGAUGCAGUGGUGACUGUUUUGGCUUACCUUUAUUGUGGAAAAGUUAGAGCUUCACCAAAGGAUGUAUGCACUUGUGUUGACAUUGAGUGCGCACAUGUAGCUUGUAGGCCUGCCUUGGAGUUCAUGGUGGAGCUUUUAUAUGCUUCCUAUACAUUUGAGAUAUCAGAACUGGUUGCAAAGUUUCAGCAGUCCAGAUAUAUCAUUUCCAUUUGAUCAUGGACAAGCCGAUUCAUGGACACAUCAAAACAAGAGAGAAAUUUACACAAGCCCAGGCCAAAGCUUUGGAGACUUGAAGAUCUUCAAUUCAGUACUCAGACUAAGGUCUUGGGAGUUGGGACUCCCAAGCUUGCAGCCCCAAAACCAUAGAAAUUGGCAGAAGGUGUCUUGAGGCCAUGGACUCCCCAGGAUUGCCACACCGACAUAGCACACAUGCCCCUUUCUGGUGUAGCAAUAGGCUUAAGAUUGUAACCCACAAUUUCUUUUUUGACAACUCACAGACUGGCUAAGUUUGUGAGGUAAGGAUGCAGGCCCAAAACUAUAGAGAUUGACAGAUGGUGUCUUGAGGCCAUGGAGUCCCCAGGACUGCCACACCGACAUGUGCCCCUUUUUGGUGUAGCAACGGGCCUAAGAUGGUAAUCCACAUGUUCAUUUUUGAGGACCCACAGACUGCUACAUCUUCAAGACAGCUUUUAGAUAUUCUCAAAAAGGCUGCAGCAGAUGAUGUAUUGAUAGUUUUUUCAGUUGCAUACACGUGCGGUAUAAGGUGUGAGGCAUUAAUGUCCAGUUGCAUGGAUAUUAUUGUCAAAUCAGAUAUCGACACAAUCACCCUUGAAAAAGCAUUGCCUUGUCAAAUUGUGAAACAAAUUACUGAUUCCCGUACAAAGCUUGGUUUGCAAGUGCCAGGAAGCAACAGGUUUCCUGAUAAACACGUGAAGAGAAUACACAGAGCUCUGGAUUCGGAUGAUGUUGAAUUGGUCAGGAUGCUAUUAAAAGAAGGACAUACUAAUUUAGACGAUGCAUAUGCUCUCCACUAUGCUGUAGCUUACUGUGAUGCAAAGACUACAUCAGAGUUACUUGAUCUAUCAAUUGCAGAUGUGAACCAUCGAAAUUUGAGGGGAUACACAGUGUUGCAUGUUGCUGCAACAAGAAAAGAUCCUAAAAUUGUAGUGUCCCUUUUGACAAAGGGAGCUAGACCUUCUGAUUUGACAUCAGAUGGAAGGAAAGCGCUUCAAAUUGCAAAGAGGCUCACUCGUGCCAUGGAUUAUAAAAAACCUGUAGAGCAAGGAAAAACUACCCCAAAGAAUCGGCUGUGUAUAGAGAUUUUGGAGCAAGCAGAAAGAAGGGAUCCACUACUAGGAGAAGCUUCUGAAUCCCUUGCUAUGGCUGGUGAUGAUCUGAGAAUGAAAUUGUUGUACCUUGAAAAUAGAGUUGGGCUGGCUAAGCUUCUCUUCCCAAUAGAAGCUAAGGUUGCAAUGGAUAUUGCCCAAGUUGAUGGCACGUCAGAGUUCCCUCUAUCUUGCAUCAAUAGGAAUAUGGCUGAUGCGUCAAGGAGAAUGACUGUAGAUUUGAACGAUGUGCCUUUCAAACUCAAAGAGGAGCAUCUAAAUCGGAUGAGGACACUUUCCAAAACAGUGGAACUAGGAAAACGCUUUUUCCCACGCUGCUAUGGGAUUCUCAAUAAAAUCAUGGACAAUGAUGAUUUAUCAGAGAUAGCUUGCGUUGGGAAUGAGACUCCAGAAGAGCAUCAAUCAAAGAGACAAAGGUAUAUGGAACUUCAAGAAAUUCUGACCAAAGCUUUCACAGAGGAUAAAGAAGAGUUUGAUAAGGCUAAUGUUUCCUCUUCGUCUUCCUCAGCAUCUCUGGCUGCUGCUAAUCCUGAGGGGAAGCUCAAGAAGUCAGGUUGGUAAAUUGUAUAGUAGCUACUAGCAGAGAGAGCAUUUUGUCAUUACUUGGUCUGUAAAUACCCACCACAAGUACCAAACCGCUUUUUAUUUUCUAUAUUCACUAAUCAUAUAUACAGAAUAUAAUAUAAUGAGUUCUGCAUCCC